CUACCGCGGGAGCCUGAGGGAAGCCGUGCAUUCCGUUCCAAGGCGUCUGUGAGCCAGCUGAGUAUACGCCAUGAGCAAAGCUCACCCUCCCGAGUUGAAAAAGUUUCAUGAAUUGUGAAAUCCCGUGAGAUCUGCCGCCAAAAUGACUUUCAAAUUUUUUCUUCCUUUGCUUUCUCAAAGAUAGCAUCUUCUUUUACACCAUUAUGCCCUCCUUCUGGCUUAGCGUAACUCAGGGGUUCUUAAAAGGGGGAUUUAUGGACAAGAAGUUAUCAUUGAAAUUAAAUGGUGGCAGACAUGUCCAAGGAAUAUUGCGGGGAUUUGAUCCCUUUAUGAACCUUGUGAUAGAUGAAUGUGUGGAGAUGGCGACUAGUGGGCAACAAAACAAUAUUGGAAUGGUGGUAAUACGAGGAAAUAGUAUCAUCAUGUUAGAAGCCUUGGAACGAGUAUAAAUAAUGGCUGUUCAGCAGAGAAACCCAUGUCCUCUCUCCAUAGGGCCUGUUUUACUAUGAUGUAAAAAUUAGGUCAUAUACAUUUUCAUAUUAGACUUUUUGUUAAAUAAACUUUUGUAAUAGUCAAAAAUGCCUUCUCAAAUGUUCUGAAUAUAGAAUAUUAGCUCUCAUUCCAAUUUUUUCUAACAUGAAUUUUCCUGGUUGACAAUGAUUUCAAAGGGUUUUAUGCAUUAAAGUGGAAAAAUCUUAUUAAAUGUGAAA